AUGUCGCAACCGCCACCGGGGCGAGGUCGCGCGCGACCCCCGGGUCACUCAUCCCCCCUUCAAUACCGUCCACCCUCACCAUGGGCUCCCAGCCCGCCUCCGCUCAUAUCCGGGCCCAGGCACUCAACAGCCAUAGUCACUCCCCCUCCAGUUCACCCAUCUCCAAAACCCUUCAGACCUCUCCACUCCCCUCACACACUGCGACAACAUUCACCGUCUCCUAGCUCUCAUUUCUCCAUCUCACCUUAUCCUAUGUCUCCGACCUUGGGCCAAAGUCCAGAGUAUUAUUACUCAUCUCCUUACGAACCGGUUCGGGAGUACGAUUACGCGGGAGUGCCGUUAGAACCUCCUCCGCCGCCGCGGCCCAUGAUAUACGAGGAGGACGAAGAGGAGCGAGGUCCCUCUACGGCAGAGAUCAUCGCUCAACAGUCCCAGGAAGGCUACGUCGAUGAAAAAUUAGCAGAGUAUCAAGCCACGAUUCAGUUAUUGCAAGGUAAGUGGUACUUUAAGCAGAAAUGCAUCGAGAAUAAAUAG